UAUAAAGCUCCCUUUCUUCUUCGAGUGAUUAAUUUGAUAGAAGAUCGAAGACGAAAUGACUACUAUGCAUUUCUUGAUGGGUGUUUGUGGGAACCUUACGUCUAUGUUCUUGUUCUUGGCUCCAUCGGCCACAGCCAAGAGGAUCAUCAAGAGCAAGAGCGUGGAGCAGUUCUCAUGUAUGCCAUACGCAAUGACCGUGCUCAACUGCCUCCUCUACACUUGGUAUGGUCUCCCAUUAGUAACAAAAAAUAAUGUUCUGAUAAGCACAGUCAAUGGGACCGGCGCAAUGCUCGAGUUUAUAUAUGUGUUGGUCUUCAUCAUAUAUGCACCCAAGAAGGAGAAGGCAAGGAUUUUGGGCCUCCUCGCGUUUGUACUAUCUGUAAUCACAUCUGUUGCCCUAGUGUCUGUCUUCGCCGUGCCUGCGAAAUGCAGGAAGCUCCUUUGUGGUCUUGCUGCUGCCAUAGUUUGCACCAUCAUGUAUGCUUCACCUUUAUCUGUCAUGAGACUGGUGAUAAAGACCAAGAGCGUGGAAUACAUGCCAUUUUGCCUGUCACUUUUCGUAUUCAUGUCCGGUACUUCAUGGUUCAUCUAUGGCUUCAUCGGAGCUGACCCUUUUGUUUUCGUACCUAAUGGGCUUGGGUGCUUGCUUGGGAUGGUGCAGCUGGUCUUGUAUGCCAUCUACCGCGAAAAAGGUAUGAAGUCCAAGAAGGCUGUAGAGGAUGGCUCGAUCAUCGAGAUGGACCUCGAAAGGGCCGACCAGAAGAAGCAACAAGACUCGACUUGAUAUAGCUUGGAAAAAGGCUGGAGCGUAUGUUGAAAAUAUAUGACUUGCAGAAUAAAAAUAUCACUUGGGUUAUUGGGUAGCCAUCAUUGAAUAUAUUUGUUAGAUUUGUUUUAAGUGUUUUUAAGGUCAUUCUAUUAAUCCCAUCUUAUUGGCUUAUUGUUUUUAUAAAUAGGGGAGUCUCUAUAUAUGA